GUUGAGCGCGCACACACCAAAAUGGACGCGAGUGACUUGCCACAGGAAGCCGCAUUGCAGUUGCUCCUUGCCAACUGGAUGACGGAUGAGAUUGCGCUCCACCACGUCCCGCACAUCCUCGCGUCGCUCAGCAGUCUGCAUCUGACGCACGAGGCGUACCAUCGGCUCUUCAAGCGCCUCACUGCGCUCGCACGCUCCGAAGUCCAAGUCGCACGAUGCUCGUCGUUGCUCAUCCUGGCUGCAAUCAUUCCAGACGGCAUGCUGACCCUGCUCGGUGGCGCGACAAGCAGCGCGUCCGAUGCUUCCGCUUCUGCCGCGGCGUCGUCCAGCAGCGGUCAUCCGUCCAGCGCGGGUGCUGCAGCGACUCCAGCCAACUCGAUGAUGCUCAAAAUGCUUGCAGAGACCACUGCCGCCGCACCUUCAGGAUCCGGUGCUGGCUCGCAGUCAUCGCACGACUGGUGCUUGAAACUUCUUCAGGCAAUCUCGCAUGUCAUGAAGAGCAAGUCUGCCGCAGCCUCCCUUGACGCUGCUCUGACGUGUCUCGCGCGUGUUCUCGAGUCGCAUCUGCCUGCUGAGCUGCGCCGGGACAUUCUUUCGACCCAUCUUGCACGCUUGGUACAACAAACAACGGCUCUCGCCUCGUCCGCCGGGCUGACGACGCAGGUCGCAGCUUUCGGUGCCUUGUCGGCAAUGAUUCGUUCGCUUUCGUCCGCAAUGCGUCCUCACGUGGACAAGGUCGAAGCAGUGUGCAGCGAAGCGCUCGACUCUGUGCACAUUGACGUGGUACGCGCUGCUGCUUCUUGCCUUGCUUUGUGCCCAACGUGCGGCGGAAGUUCAUCCACCUACACGCAAGCAAAUCCUUCCGAUGCUUGGCUUGUGCUUGCCAAUCGCGCGCUGCUCACUGCAACAAAGCUGCUCGAUGUCGUUCGGAUCGACGAGACGGCUUACCUUGCACCAGCCGUUGCCGGAACUCCCUCGUCCAGCGCGAGCUCGAGUGCAAAAGCUACCAAGACAAAUGGCGGCAGCAAAGGGAACAAGAGCGCCAAAAAUGGCCAAUCUGGCGCAUUACCAAUGGACGAAUCCACCACGGAACCGGUCGUUGCCAACAAUGUCGCUGCUGGCGUUUUGUUGCCACUCUUCCCAUAUCUUGAUCAGCAGCAGCAGCUCGCACAGCCGGCGGCUGGUACCAACACCUCCAUCUCGUCUCUGUCCCAGGCUGCAUUGGCGCGUGACGCCAAUGUCAAUUCUCCAACGCUGAGUGCCUUGAUUGCACGUCGAAUUCAGGCCACCUUUAUUGUUCUCGCAGCAAUGCUGCAACAACCCGUCUCCUUUGUUGUUAGCAUGCCGACUCAUCGCAUUCUCUCGCUCCGCCACGUUUUGUAUCUCUCCGAGCAGCAACUGCUCCAAGAGGCGUCUAAACGCCCGAACAAGUUGGCAUGGAUUGCCUGGUUGCCGUUCUUGCAGCACUGCACCCUCGAUCUGUUGAACGUGGCAAUUACACGGUGCGGCGCGGGCAUUCUUGGAGACGCAGACGACAUGCUGCAGACGCUGGUGCACGUCUUGGAACAACACCGAAGGCUGCAGCCAGUUCACCGCCAACGAAAGGCCGAGACUCUUGUUGCCGCUCUGACGACGCUCGAAACGCUCCUCUCCACCCUCGGUGGAAUGCUCGACGCGACCCAACUUGGCUCCGUUGGUGAGCUGCUGUGUGAAAUUUUGUGUGGAGGAGCGCUGUUCCAAGCAGUCUCGCCUGCUACCGUGCCCCAGUCGCACCUGUCGGGCAAGAAGCAAAAACAACAGCAACAGCAAAAGAAUAUCGAAGAGUCUCUCGGCGCUGCCUCGGGCGCUCUAGCCGUCUCGCGCCCACUCCAAUUUGCCAACACUGAUAUCUGCAAGCUGUCUCUCAAGGCUCUGACACGACUCCUUUACACCGCUGGCAGUCGGCUUCCCGACGCUGUUCGCGCUCGCAUUGACGCCACCGCGUCAAGGCUGGUGCUGGAGACCCAGUUGGGCGCCGAGGCUAUCUCUCUGUUGUCAAUGCAGCGUCCGGCUUGUUCUCCAAUGGUUGAGCCGACUUGCCGCCGAGCGCUGUAUCGAUUGCUCCUGGCAUGCGUUGUGGCUUCAGCGUCGCCGGUCCACUCACCCGUAUUGAUGCAAGUCCUUCGCUUGUUGACGACUGGAACGCGAGAUCCAGCACUCAAAGUGUCCACUUUCUGUCGCGAGGCGGUGGCCGUUUGCGACAACAUCAUCCGACCCAAAUUCCCGACUCUGCGGAAUGGCGUGGCCGUUGCGAACGCUAUUAUUGCUCCAUACACACCGUCCGUCGCAAGCACGAACGACAGCACUUUGACAUCCAUUCUCGCGCCUGUGCGCGUCGACAAGCCCCCAAUGUCCACUUUUGGAUUCGGAGUACCGACGACCCUUCCCGCUCCCCGCCCCGCCACUGUGCAGGCUCAGCCUGCACCAGCACCAGCACCUGAGCCCGUCGCUCCCGCAAGUUCAGUAUCCGCUCCAGCAGCGCCGGUAGAUGCAGCGCCAGUCAAAUCAACAGCGAGCACGCCAGCGCUUGUUCCCGCUGCUGUAUCGAAAUCCGAGUCGGUUACUGUCAGCGCCGAUGCGACCGCCACUCCCACGCGAACCAAGCGUGGUCGGGAGGAGGAUCGAGAGUCUGUAGCCGAAGCGACCGCGUCGGCACCUAGUAAGCGCAUCGCAGCCGAGUCUCUUGACGAGCCUAGCCGUCCCGAGGUGCUGUUCGCUGCAUGUCAGCCCUCCAUUCCACCGACGGUUGCUCCGGUCGUUCCGCCCGCUGCUCCCAUUGUUAACAAGCAUGCUUCUUCUACGAGCUCAGUCCCUGCCAAGUCCGCUGUCGAUGACGAUGAUGACGAUUCUGAGUUUAUGAUUGUCGACGAAGAUCCCGACAGUGAUUGAUGCGAUAUUGUGUGUGUUUGUCGUCAAUUCAAAAGCAAGUUUUUCAUUUCAA